AUUGAUACAACAGCAGGUACAAUAACAGCAACAAAUUUAGCAAUUAGUGAAGUUGGAGCAUAUAUUAUUACAAUUGAAAUAACAUCAUCUAACAAUCAAUUUUCAAUACCAUUUACUUCAAAUUGUAUUUUAGUUAAAGAAAAUUCAACUGUACUCAAUGUUUUUACUGGUUUUCCUCCAUCAAAUUUCACUUAUGCAGGUGAUUAUGAUGGAUUCCAAACAGCAGGUACUCUUGAAAUUUUACGAUGUACCAUCUAUAAUUAUUUGGUUCGAGUCUUGAAAUUACCUAUUAAUAGUGAUAUUACUCUUAGAAAAGGUAGUGUCGAGGUUGGUUUUUCAGCAGAUCUUAGUAGUUUUAUUAAUGCUCAGGCUGCAGCAACAGGUAGAGAGGCAGCGAUAAAUAAUCCGAAUGGUAUAAAUGGUUUAACACUCACCGACAUUAAUCUUGAGGGUCAAUCAGAGAGAAUUUCAUCAGAUUCAAGCUCAAGUAGCAACGGUAGUGGAAAUAAAUCAGGAUUAAAUGCUGGUGCUAUUGCGGGUAUUGUGGUGGGUGUUGUUUGUGCUGCUGCUAUUAUAACUGGUUCAGUAAUUGGUUUUUAUAAAUAUCAAACAGUACAUAAAGCUGUACCUCUUGUAAAUGAACUUGAGGAAGUACACACAUUUCCAACUCAAUCAGAGCAAAAUAAUGCAAAUAGUACAAAUCCAUCGAAAACAGUCAAUGAUAGCUCUUCUGGAACGCAACAAAUGCCUAAGACAUCAAACGAAUCAUCAAAUUUUAAUAAUGAUAGGGUUCAUACACCGUUGUUAAAUGAAACAAAUGGACAACGAGCUCCAUCAGCAGGUGGUAUUAGUAUCACUACGCUUGGUCUUAUGACAAUAAAUAAUCAACCACCUAUAAAUCAAUCAAUGCCAGCUGUUGGACAUUUCACAACUCAUUAA